AUGGAAGAAGACGACGAGACGAAGAUUGUCUGCCGUCAUACGCCGAUAGGCGUAUCCGUUGGUAUCGUGCCCUGGAACUACCCUCUUUCCCUUGCUUGUGCCAAGCUUGGUCCAGCCACCCUCGCAGGAAACCCGAUAAUCAUCAAGCCAUCCCCAUUCACUCCAUAUUGUGGCCUCAAGCUCGGAGAGAUUGCCCAGGAGUACUUUCCUCCUGGUGUUGUGCAAGUUCUAAGCGGGGAUGACAAUCUCGGUCCUUGGUUGACGGCUCAUCCUGGCCCUGAGAAGAUUUCCUUCACCGGUUCUACCGUUGUGGGAAAGAAAAUCAUGGAGUCUGCAGCUAAAACGAUGAAACGUCUCACCUUGGAACUUGGUGGUAAUGAUCCUGCAAUCAUCUGCAAAAGCGUUGACGUUCGCAAGACUGCUGAGAAGGUGGCCCAUAUCUGCUUUCUCAACUCAGGCCAAAUAUGCCUUGCUAUCAAACGAGUCUAUGUUCAUGAAGACAUCUAUGAUGAGUUCCGUGAUGCAAUGGCCAAGUAUGCUCAAACACUUAAAGUUGGCGAAGGAAACGAUCAAGACGUUGUCAUUGGGCCCGUACAAAACAAGACUCAGUAUGAGCGCGUGAAAGGAUUCUUUUCUGAUAUAGAGAAGGAGAACUGGAAGGUUGCUCUUGGUGGCAACGUUGAGGACAAGCCUGGAUUCUUCAUUGCCCCUACAAUUAUCGAUAACCCUACUGAAGAAAGUCGGAUCGUGGCAGAGGAACCAUUUGGUCCAAUCAUACCUCUAGUAUCCUGGAAAGACGAGACAGAUGUGCUGGCUCGAGCCAACGGCACCCGUAUGGGAUUAGGUGCAUCAGUUUGGUCGAACGAUCUUGAUCAGGCAGAACGCAUGGCACGUCAAAUUGAGGCAGGUACCGUAUGGGUGAAUGAUCACUUUUCCCUGCGGUCUCAUAUCCCUUAUGGUGGUCACAAAGAGAGCGGUGUGGGCCUGGAACUUGGUUUGGGUGGUCUGCUUGCUUUCUGUAAUACCCAAAUCCUGUACCUUAAGAAAUGA